AUGGGGCAGCCUCAGAGUGAACAGGGUCCACGACGUGAGAAGCCAGCAAGUCAGCGAUUUUCGCCCGAUGAGUUGCAAUGCUUCAAGACGCGACCACUACCAUCCACUGAGUUCGAGCAGAAGUCCCAAGUCUAUUGGCAAACGUUCGGCGAACUUCGCCAGAGCCUGUCAGAUGAAAACUGGCAUGCUCUGCCAGUGCUCAAGGGCCAGUUCUACCAGCAUGCCCGAUUCAAAGAAAGCUUGGGUGGUGCAACAGAGGCUGAAAAAGCCCGGGCGCGAGAGAAGGCACAGCGCCUUCUCCUUGAGAAGAAAAAGGCCGAGGAAGUGCAGCCACUGGCGACCGAAGCCUUUGUCGGGGAUGACUCUUGGAUCAACACCUCAGUGUUGAACCGCAUCUUUCCCAGAAAUCCAAACAAGAAGGAAGACGUGGGCAGAGCUAGCAGGCAUGGUCGGCGCCAGUCCAUGGCCUUCCAGCUUGGAAGACGAGCUUCACUCGCCCCACCUCCGAAGCCCAUGAAAGAGUCGGCUAGCGCACCCAACUUCAAGACCAAGCCGUCACAGCCUGCAUCCAUCCGGAGCCCACUUUCACCCCUCUUGAACACGACGGUUGUUACUCCGAUUGGGGCUCGAGGGGCGAUGGAGGAGUUUCGCCGGGCAAUACUGGAGAAAUUCAGCACGGUGAAAGAAGCUUUCGAGAACUUCAUGAAGGAUUUGCCAGACAGGCAGAUCACGAAGCUUGAGUUGUCACGAACUUUGGCUCGGUAUGGCUUUGAGUGGCAAACAAAAGAUGCCCGGGACACGAUCUUUGAUCGUCUGGAUUUCAAGUCGAUUGGACGUGUGACCAUGGUCGGCUUCUAUGUGAUCGUGGAGGCGUCUGCUCCAGUCCGAAGCGUUGAGGAUUUGCGCAGACGAUGGCUUGCUAGUCAGUUCGGCUCCAUGCAUCAAGCCAUCAUGACCAUGACCGAAGGCUCUACUCACGCGCUCUCUUUGCGGCUAUCACUGCAGGAGUUCGGUGAGCGAUUGCUGCGAGUAAACGUGAUGGACCCUGAGGAGCACCUGGCCCUCUUCAAGUCCUUAUGCUAUCAGAAGGAGUAUCAGAAAGAAAAGAGCCUGAGUAAGGCUCGGGUCACCAUUGGCGACUUGGCCAGUGCCGUGGCCGUUGUCUCACCUUGUUUACUUCUAGAAGAUUUACGUGAUCGCUUGCACAAGAAAUACAACGGGGACUUCAAGAAAGCAUUUACCGACUUGGACAUGGACCGGAGCGGAUGCAUCGAUCAGCAUGAGUUUGUGGUGAAGGCCAUGGAUCGCCUCAGCCUCACGGAAAUUGAAGCUCGAAAGAUGUUUCGCGAGAUUGAUGUGGAUGGUUCUCGUGAGAUUUCCCGCAAUGAGUUCGUUUGUGCCAUCGGGCUUUCAGAGCCUUCCCUCUUCUUGGAGGAUCUCCGGAAGAAGGUCCGACAGCGCUUUCGCAGCUUCAAGGCCCAGUUCGCCAAUGCGUUCCAUGACAGCGCCUUGAACGAAUGCGAGUCUGCACCGAGGCUUAACUUACAGAACUUCCAAGAGUUGCUCCUGCCUCUUAGUAUGAGCGAGAAGGAGACGAAAGUUCUCUUCAACUUGAUCGACAUUGAUCAUGACGGCCACCUCUCGGUGCGUGAGUUCGUGAGGGGUGUGAGGCAUUUCUCACCUUCAGCAGUGCUCGAAGAUCUACGGGUCACCUGUCGCCAGCAACACGAGCACAUCACAGAUGCGUUUCCUGGUGUGGAUUUCACGAAAGUUAUGGACAACAAUGCCUUCUCCUCGUACUUGAUUGAAGUUGGACUGUGCGAUGGCAAGGACUCAGCAGAGUUAGCAGGUGUUCCGGCUCAGGCUCUCUUUGACAUCUUGGAUGUUUGCAACAAUGGUGAGGCCACCAUUGGGAGGCUUUUGGCAGCUUUGCAGUCCUGCGGUGCAGGUACUGCCACCAGGCUUUCUGCGGAGGACCUAGACAUGCGAGCACGGAACGACGUGAAGACCGAUCUCGCCCCGAUGCACAAGCUCGUGACCGACUUGAAGUUGCAAGCGCGAAUGGGCAUGAAGUACAGUGAAGAGGAAAAUCAAGAGACCGUCCAGGACGAAAAGGCCAGCACUCGGAUCUUUGAUGCGAUGCUUGAACAGCUAGAUCUCAACACUUCCUCGUCUCCCACGUCCAAGGGUAACGACGAGUCAGAGCUUCCAACGAAGCUGCGCGGGCCACCUCGCCUCAAAACCUUGCUGUACGAAGAUGUCUUGAAGCAGUACUCUUACCAACGUACAGGCAAGCCCACAGCCAAGCCACAGGUAAAGCCCACAAAGCGGCCAAUACAUAAUGCUUCAAACGGGACCCAAGAUUCUUGGCUACGGAUGUGGGCCAAUUUGAAGAAGAGCCCGAAGAAGCAUGAAAGGCAAACUCUCGAAGCUGAUCUUCAGUCUUACUAUCAGACGGCUGCGUGGAAGCUCUCUCACGAUGGACCUUUGCUACACGGCAUCGAGCAGAGACUUACUCAAGAUCCUUUCCUGGGCAAACGCCCACUAGAUUUGUCAAGUUAA